AUGGAAUUUUUUAUUGCUGAAAACACAACAGGCAAAGGAUUGUCAGAGUUACUGCUAGGUGCACUCGAGAAAUUAGGCUUGGAUAUUGAUGACUGUCGAGGACAGGGAUACGAUAAUGGGGCUAAUAUGAAAGGAAAACAACAAGGAGUGCAAGCCCAUAUUCUUCGCAAGAAUAGUCGCGCAUUUUUCACACCCUGCGGCUGCCAUAGACUUAAUCUUGUGUUGGGAGAUAUGGCGAAGAUCAGCUCUAAAGCAGUGACAUUUUUUGGUGUUCUGCAAAGAAUCUAUGUGAUAUUUGCCGGUUCACCUGCAAGAUGGAAGAUUUUGGAAGAAGCUGUGCCUUACAUCACAGUAAAAUCACUGUCAGACACAAGAUGGGAAUGCCGUAUAGAGAGUGUAAAAGCUUUGCGCUACCAAAUAAGCGAAAUAAAGGAAGCCCUUUUCACUGUAUCAGAUGAGUCCAAUGACCCUAUGGUAAAAGCCGAAGCAGAAUCACUUGCUAAUUUUGAGGUAGGAAAUUUUGAAUUCAUCCUUGCUGUGAUCAUUUGGUAUGACAUCCUAUUCGCAGUUAAUACUGUGAGUAAAUCGCUACAAUCAGCCGAUAUGCAGCUUGAUGUAGCAAUACAGCAAAUUAAAGGACUCGUCACCUACUUGACAAAUUAUCGGGAAAAUGGUUUUAAUUCUGCCAUGAUUACUGCAAAAGAAAUUGCCAAAGCAAUGGAUGUGGAUCAAGUAUUCAAACAGAAAAGAAGCAGAAAAAGAAAAAGACAAUUUGAAUAUGAGAGUACAGAUGAGAGCACGUUAUCGGGUGAAGAUGAGUUUAGGACAGAGUAUUUCUUGUGUAUAAUGGAUCAAGCAAUUAUUGGCAUGAACACUCGAUUUGAACAGCUACGACAAUACGAUUCACUCUUUGGGUUUCUCUACAACAUAAACACAAUGAGAAAAUUAAAUAAUGAGGAUUUGUUAAAAAGUUGCAUGAAUCUUGAUAUAGAGUUGCGAUCGGUGAGCUCACGUGACUUAAACGGGGCAGAUUUGUGUACAGAGCUCACAAUGUUUCGAGAAAUUUUGCCCGAAGUGUCUUAA